CUGCGACUUUCAGACAACAAGGAAGACGCCUCGGGCACCUCCGGUGUCUUGGGUUAACGACCUCUUAGGUAUUAAGGUUCCUUUCUUGGAAAAAGGAAGAUUCGAAGACAAUCUUCUUGCUAACACACGUCAUCAGCAAGGCCUUAAGGAUAUCCUACAGACGCGUACGUCGUUGUAACAUGUCCCAGUUUGCUUUCUGGUGGUGAACUGAAGACAAGGUGUGCAAUUGACUGCGCUAGGCCGAAAUAUCCUACAUCCACGAUGACUGAGGGAAAAUUUCAGACAAUCUAUACGUUUUGUUUUGUCGCAAAGGCGAUCAUACUUACGGCUGCUAAGGUUCCAGUUCCCACGUCUCUGGGGUGCUACCAAGAUAACCCCUAUCAGAGCCCUGUAUUGUCCGGCCUGGCCACCUCCGCCACUAAAAUGACAGUCCAAGGCUGUCUGGCGUUCUGUAGGUCGUCUGAACAUAGGUACGCAGGGGUGGUCAACAGGUACGGGUGCCGCUGUGGUAAUGGCUUUCAAGGCGACACCGUUGUGUCGCGCCGACUACCGGAUUCGGAUUGCACUGCACCGUGCGGAGGAGACAAGUCCCAGUUUUGUGGAGGACCAAGCGGCUCGCAGAAAAUCGAAGUGUUUGAAGCUUCUAUCGGUGCCUGUGGAGGUGACUUAAACAAUGACAGAGGAACUAUCUACUCGCCAGACUUCCCUGGGCCGUACUCUCCAAACCAGAACUGCACGUGGAACAUACAAGUUCACUCUGAAAAUGUUGUUAGGGUCACUUUAGAACUAUCAGAACUAUCCCCAGAUGACGUUUUGCAGAUAAGAGAGUGUGGCUCGUCUCAAAGACGCGUCAAACAUCUGAACUGGUCACCAGAUACAGAGUAUAUCAGCGGUAGCAAUGUCAUCAGCAUACAGUUCCGGACAAAACCGCAAGGGGAGCAGCUGAGACGUGGAUUCAUUCUGCAUUAUGAAGCUGUUGGCCACUGUGAAGCCAUCUCCAAUGACGCACACGUCGGGUCCGUGUCUCCUUCACUCGCUCUCAUUGGUCAACGAGUGACGGUCACGUGCAAGGACGGACGCGCAGUCGCAGUGGAGUGUCAGGAAAAUAGACGCUUCGACGUCCAAGGUCCAUAUUGCACCGAGACGGGGUCAUUUCAACUGCAAGUGUCCACAAUAGUAUCCGGGACAGUGGCUACGGUUCUUCUAAUUUCUUGCAUUGUGAACGCGUUUUUCGUCUUCAGACGUAGAAGAGGGAGAAGGUAAGAGCUAGUACU